AUGGAUUUGACGAAAGUUGAACAUCGUUCAGUGAUCAAAUUCCUCACCAAAGAAAGGAAAGCACCUAAGGAGAUUCAUGAACCAAUUGCUGUUGAUUUGAAAGGGAGAAGCAAGAAGUCUUUGGAGAAGUUGCAGAAAAUCUUCAAGAAGAAUGUGCUUACAGCUGAUAUUCUCCUCAAUUGGGAACCACAUGAUGCCAAGAUUUGUCCCUCAUCCUUGGCUGCUUACCUUGACAACUUGGGAUUAGUAGUAUCAGAAGAAAAAGUGAGACUGCAAGAGAAGAUUUUUUACUCUGUUCCUUCUCCCAAAUUUGGACCAACUGAUGUAGAGAGAGCUGAAGAAAUUCUUGACUGGAUGGGUUCAUUGGCCUCCAGAGAGCCCAGUUUGGGGAAGCACCCUCGAGUUCCUGAGACGGCAGAUGAAAAUUCAGAUGUCAUCGUUUAUGGACAAAUUCUACAGCUGACAUCCUUGGGUCUCCUUCUGAGGUCCCACAUUUAUUCCAUCAUGGAGAAAUUACAAUCCAUGCUGGAAGCAGAAAAAGUUACCUGGGUUGGGCUUCAAGUUUUGGGGUAUCCUGACACAUCUGACCCACUUGGUGGGCAGUACAAGAGUGAAGAAUCUGUAGGUGAGCGAAAGGACUUGUGGCUUAUGCUUAGUACCAGCUCCAAGGUCUGCGGAGAUGGUACGAUCCUGGGGAACACGGAAACAGAGAAUACUUGCAGGACUCGGGAGAUCCAGAAGGCAGAAGCAAGUGGCGGAAUUUCAUGCCAAAAAAUGUAUCCUGUAAUCACCAUUACUGAUGAUGAUGAUCAGAUCCAGGAGAAGAAUCAUAAACACAAGAUUGAACCAGUAGAUGAAGGUCCAUCCAAGAUACCUCGUUAUGAUUCAGAUGAUGGGGUGAAGGUCAAAUGUGAUUCUCCCUUCGAAGAAUACUUGCACAUCUGUGCACCUCUAAUGGAAACAACAGGAGACAAGAAACUUCUGGAGAAGCUGAGAAGAUUAUAUAAGGAAGUGACCCAGUUGGACAAUGCUUCAAUCCACGAACUGGAGGCAUUGGUGCCUCCAGGAUCCCAAAUUCCAUCAUCAACAAGCAGUGUCAUUCAGAGCCUGGUUGAGUGUGCCAGAUUUAUGGUCAAGCUGAAGGAGUCCAAGACCCGGGCUAGAACUUGCGUGCCAAAAAAGGCUGAACCUUCUGCAGAAAAUUCGGAAUCUGCUAAACCAGCAAAGAUGCCAUCAUCCCACACUGUGAAAAAAUUGGAGAAAGCAUUACGUAAACUGGAAAAGGCAAUCAAGAAGCUGGAUGAACAAGAUGUCGAUUUUGAUGAUGAUUGCUCUACUUACAUACUUUCAGCAAAACUUAAGAAGAAAGCACUCAAGAUUUAUCAAGAAUUGGCAAAAUUUCAUUCAUGUGAUCCUGAUCCUGGCAGGCCCACAAAGUCAUAUGUGCACUUCAAAGCAUCCUCUAUGCCGGACGUCAACAAGAAGCUUGAGAAGUUAGUCAACAGGAAUCAAGUUUUCCCAGAUUAUCGUGAUGUGUUGAACAUCGUGAGGAAAGCAAACAUGCGACACAACUUGCAUUAUUCCAAGGGGAUGAUUGAAACGGAAGCUCGCAAGGUUUUCCUGAGUAUUGGGAGGCAAUUGCAGAGCAGAAGACAAUUGGAGGAAGCUGAGGACUUGUUUGCAUAUGGAGGAGAUGAAAAUGCAAGUGAAAUAAAAGAUCCUGCAGAUGAAGAUCAAUCCCUUGCAACACAGCUCAGUGAAAAUGCUCAUGUUGCAGAGGAGAAGUUGGUUAAGUUGUACAAUGAGUAUGCAGACAAGCAGGAUUCAUUGGGCUUGCAACCAGAAGAAGUGCCUGAUGAUGCUGGGACCUCCUCUGGAGAUGAGGACAACGAAACUGCCAGGAAGGUGAAAGUUGAACGUGUUGGUUCACGUGCCAAGAGUGAAAACAACCCUGUAAAAGAUGAGUCCUCUGGUGUGAAAAAUGAAGCACAAAACAGUGAUGAAGAUGAAGAGGAUGAUGAGGAAACAGAUGAGUCUGAUUCAGAAGAGAACCUUGAAGAAGACAUCAGUGCCAUCAUCAGUGUGAGUGAAGACGAAACAACUAACGAUGGAGAGGUGGAUGAUGAUGAGGUAAUAGGCUCUGUUGAAAUUGUAGAGGAUGGGAGUUGAGCUUGUAGAACAGCCAUUUUGUGCAUGCAUUUUAUUAUAUCAUACUGGUCAUACGUAGCCCUCUUCAGGCUCUCCAUUCUUGAAGGAAUCAUGCAGCAUAUCAGGAGUGACCCUUUAGAUUAUCACAACCAUUGUCACCAAUGGAGAUGACACAAUAAACGAUGAAGUGCAUAAUCUUGAUGAAUUGACUGUGUUGACCUGUCAAGGAUGGGUAUUGAUCCUGGAGAGCAUGUUUUGUUCCUUUUUAUUUUUUAUACUGUAUUGAUUGUGUGCUGCUCUAGACUGACUCUCCCAUCUAGAAGGAAUCUGGCCUGGAGAGUUGGCAGUCACUCAUUCCACUGUGCAGUCACUUUGUUACCUUGAAACCAUGCUGAACCCCCCAUGUUUGCUAUGAAUUGGAUGAGGAUUUUGACAUCGAGUAUGAGAUAUGUAUUAUCUGAAAUUCACAGCGAUUUGCCUAAAACUUCACUGAGCCAUUUUAAUGAAAAACCACCUGGAAGUCAGUCUAAAUAUAUGCACAAGUUUUUGUACUGUUCUCUCUCAUGCAAUAUCUAUUGGGAACAAAAUAUGAGAUGCAUUAAGGUACUUGUGAACCAAAUGCUACUCAUUUGACUAGUCCUGCUUAUGGCAUAUCUGCCCUGUCUGAAUGACUAUCAACAUCGACCAUACAGUGAUAUUUUAAAAUCUAUUUAUGCUUACUGAGGCAGCGACUGAACAGUUCCAGCUUUUUUUUUUCCAGCUGUGAGGGUAGGUAGUGCCCCACUCACUGCUGUAAGAUGCUUUUCAGCAUUUUAGCAAGUCAUGAUAAUAUGCAUUCUGUUCCAUGCCCUCGGUGUAUCACUUUAUCUCAUUUCCACAUCUUGGACAUCACUCGUGGCAAUGUACAGUACUGGGAUAUUGAAUAUGAAGAGGAGGUAUAGGAACCAGAAGAAUCUGAUUCCUCCUAGGAGAUGACAUCUGUAAGAGUGAAGGAGGGGGGGGGGGAUUUAUCCUUGGAAGAAUUCAGUCCAAUUGUAGGUGAUACAAAUUCUCUUGCGAGAAGAUAUUGGCAUUAAUUUAUGGAGUUAUUGGAGAUGCAUUAUACCUGUCGGGAGGAGCAUCCAUGUGGCUGGGUAAUAUGGGAACAUUUUCAAAUUUGAGGGCCAAUCACUUUUGAAUGGAAUCAGGUCACCAACUGCAGUAGUAUAUGUUUAAAUUCAUCUCUCUUAUCCAUCUUGCAUUCUGCUGUACAUGAAUGCCCCUCGGUUUCAAGUUCAUUUUCCCCCAUUCC